AUGGCUGCUACAAGUUUUAUUGAUGGCGUCUUGAAUCUUUUGCGACAGGAUACACUCCCCUAUACUCUCAUAGGUGGACUCGCGGUUAUAGUCCUCGUCUCUUGGGUGUCGUAUCUGAAUGAUCCCCUCAGGUCUAUUCCUGGCCCAUUUUGGGCACGAUGGGGUCCCGCGUGGUUGGUAUAUUGGGCUCGAGACGGAAGUAUGCAUCGAAAAAUGAUUGAUAUGCACGAAAAGUAUGGAAAAUUAGUCCGAACAGCUCCCAAUGAAGUGAGCUUCUCGAAUCCAGAGUAUUUGAAAGUGGUGUAUGGUGCCGGCAGCGAUUUCUACAAAAGUGACUGGUAUAGUGUAUGGCAGGGUCGCCGCAAAUGGGACCUUUUCGGCGAGCGAAGCGAGGCCAUCCAUCGAGCACAACGGAGGUUGGUCAGCCAGAUAUACUCACUAUCCAAUAUGAAGAAGUUGGAACCGUAUGUGGAUACAGCCACCACGAUGUUUCUGAACAAGCUGAAAGACAUGGCUGGGAAAGAAAUGAAUAUGACUAAAUGGGCUCAACUUUACGCCUUUGAUGUCAUCGGAGAAGUAACGUUUUCCAAAACAUUCGGCUUCUUGGAAGCUGGCGAGGAUAUCCAUGGCGCUUUCACCCUGAUCGACAACUCAUUACGCUCUGCAGCUUGGGUCGGCUACGUACCCUGGGUAUACUGGGCCAACGUACGACUUGCCCCCAUUAUCGGUAAUCGCCUCGGAGUCCUCGGACGACAAAACGGCCUGUUGAUAUUGGCCGCAAAAGCCAUCAAAGAGCGCAAGGAGAGAGGUAGCGACCACCAAGAUGUUCUAGACCAAUUUUUCCAAGUUCAGAAAGAGAAGCCGGAGUUUGAUGAUAUCUGCAUCACGUCGAUGGUUGCUAGCAACAUCUUUGCUGGAAGCGAUUCGACGUCCAUCACCUUAUCGGCGUUUAUCUAUCAUAUCAUUAAGAACCCUCAAUAUAGGGCGAGGCUAGUGGCAGAGAUUGACGAGGCGGCAAAGGUUAAUAAUGUUAAGCACGGUGAAAUAUUUCCGAUGGAUGUUGCGAAUAAUAUGCCCUAUCUUCAAGCAUGUCUGCACGAGGCGAUUCGUUGCCAUCCCGCUGUUGGCAUGAAUCUAGGUCGAGUUGCGCCGCCACAAGGUGUUGAAAUUGACGGAGUAUAUAUUCCUGGUGGUACCGUCGUUGGAGCGAAUGCAUGGGUGGUGCACCAACAUAAGGAGACCUUUGGCGAAGACGCCGACAAAUUCAGACCGGAUAGAUGGCUAGAAGAGCCAGAACGUGUCAGUCAGAUGAAGCGCGCAUUCUUCAGCUUUGGAGCGGGAUCACGAUUUUGUAUUGGCAAAAAUAUUGCAUGGCUGGAACUAUCCAAGAUGGCCCCAUCUCUAUUCCAUGACUUUGAAAUCGAGCUUGUGAAUCCGGAUGCAAGCCUGCAAGAAAUUGCCAUGUCAUUUGUGAAAUUAGACGGUCUUCAGGUGACUGUCUCGCCGAGAAAUGGAACCAACUAG